CGCGCGGCUGACAGGUGAACUGUUCACAAACGAGUAAGGUCACAUUCCUUCUCCCAUAAGAAACACGGAAACCUGUCAGGUCGCAGGGAUUCCUUUAACUGCAGUCCACGGGGUUUCAUUGGGUGGCAGUUUCAUGUAACUCUUCCGACUUUAGCUACAUUCUUUCACUUUAACCUUGAGUGCGUGGUUUUAAUUUCCUUUAAUCGAGAGAACUGCGAGCAGGUGUACUAUGAGGAGGAGCUGGGGGGAACCUGCCGAGAGGACUGGAAGUAUUUGCUUUUUUGUUUUUGUGAAAACAUGACGACUCCAUACAAAGAUGUUGGCUAUAUUCACAUUUUUCAUUUUUUAUAGCUUUCACUCCACAGUCUCCCAGCCUGUCCCCAGCCCCAUCAAUGUCACCUUCUCUUCUGUAAAUCUGAGGAACGUGCUGCAGUGGUUUCCAGGAAAAGGCAAUCAUGCAGAUGAAACGCUCUACACAGUGCAAUAUGCCAUCUAUGGAGACAGAAUUCAAGGUAAGAAGGGAAAACGGGUGAACUGGAAGGCAGUGCAGCACUGUACAGAAAUAGUGCGGACGUGGUGUGAUCUGACCAGUGAAAUGUGGGAUGCGGAUGAGGAUUACUAUGCCAAAGUUCGUGCUGUGGAGAGGGGAGUGUCUUCCAAAUGGGCUUUCAUACCCAGAAGAUUCAAUCCAAAGACAGAAACUACUUUGGGGCCCCCACUGCUUUCUGUGGAAAUUGAAAACACCAGUGCCAUCAUCACUAUAAAGGGACCGAUGAGGUAUCCAUCAAACAACCACACCCCAGCGCUUUCCAUGGCGACACUCUACCCCGAAAUGAUUUACAACCUUUCUGUUCACAACACCCAUCUGAACCACACGCACCAUUUCCCAGUUGUUGGCAGCGUGUACAAAUACCGGCUGAUGAAGUACAACAUGGAAUACUGCUUUUCUGCACAGUCGAAAUUCCCAACGAUGCCAAUCCACUGCCAGUCCUCUGCAUGGCUCUGCAUAACCACAUCUCAAGACCCUGUGAUUGAGCAGCUGCAAAGUGUGAUUGUGGGUAUUGUUGUUCCAGCUUUGUGCAUUGGUAUGAUCAUUGCAGCUGGCUACCUUUUCCAUCGCUACCUGUCUGGGAAAGACCAGCGCAGUCCAAAUAUACUGAACGCAUCUACUUUUUACAAGCUUCCUCUUGUGUUCCCUCCUGAGAAUUCCAACCUCCUCUUAGUGAGCCGCCUCAGCCCUGAGCCACCAGGAGACUGCACAAUAUUAGACCCUAAACACCUCCUCGCCUCUCUAAAAGUUGUGGAUCCCCCACCCAGGUACUCCCCCCAAAGGCAUGAGCCUCCCUUAGAGCCCGAGGAACCCUUGGAUGAUUUGUCUGUUGACUACGGGGGUAUCAGCAUGGCUCCUCAAAUCACUGUUGAAGGAGAAGAGGAAGCAAGGGGAGGGAAUCAAGAUGAUGGAGACCGGAGAGUUGAGAGCGUUAACUCUGGUGGAGCUUACGCGCCUCAGGCUAACACUACUUGGACAUGCAGACCAACCCCCAUGCAGUUGCAGGGCCGGUCGUUUGCAGGUUUACAGUCUUUUCAGAGAUCAAAGGAGGAUGGAGCGAUAAGAAGUUUACUAUUAAGCAUUCGGUUAAAUCCGCAAACAAUCAAGGAAGUAGAAAGGGGAGAAGAGCUGUGUGGAGAGGUGAUCUGGAGCACAGAUAGGGAGGGAGUGGCAAACAGAGGUGUGGAGGAAGGAAAUAACUGUGAAAAUGAGCCUUUAAUGUCUGCUUAUGCCCCACAGAACAUUCCAAACAUGUCUGCCUCCCACUCGGACCAAUCUGAUAUCACGCUAGAUGACUUUAGUGUCAAUCAUGAAAGAGGACUGGAUGUACCUCUACUUUCAGGGAGAGGUAGAAGAUUGAGUGAAGAGGAGUAUGUGGCGAGAGCUAGGUUGAGGCUAGAUAAUGUUUCUGUCAGCCAAGCAAGUGACGAAGAGGAAUAGAAAGAGUUAGAAAACGACAGGUGGAAACAGGGAGUGAGGUGGCGAAGGUUUUCAACAAAUGGGACUUUGUUGGGAUCCCCAUGGAUCAGUAGAUGAUAUUCAUCAGUAAAAAGCACUAACCCUGUUAUUGAAAGAUAAUCCAUGAAACAUGGCCAGUAUACAGUUUCUCAGCUCUAUUAAAAUGCAUACAGUGUGUGAUAAAAGCAGAGUUUUAGGAGCACUUAGUACUCACUUAGUAGGGUUACCGUUAUAGCUGAAAAUCUACUGAUAUACACAUGAAGAAAUCAUACUAUGAUGAACUUUGAAGGAAAUGUGUAUUUAUCUUAAUUACAAGAUACACUGUAUAUUUUUUUUAAUGUAAUUUCUUUUGUUUUUAAUCUGUAUUUUUCCUAAUGUAGCUGUCUAAUAGUGAAAGAGGAUAAUACAACAUAUGAUCAUAACAAAGAAACUACACUUCAUUCUGGACUGGUGUCUGACAUAUCUCUCUAAGAUAAUCAGAUGUAUUGUUUUUUUUGUUUUUUGUUCUUUAAAAUAGAAAGUACAACAAAAUCCUAUAUAGGAAACUUUACACCGGUGUUUUCUUUUAAGUCUAUGAUCGCAGUGCACGGUAGAUGUUGCAUGACCGUACGUGUCCGUGUUUACUUAUAAAGGUUGAAUUACAGGGGGCAGUUUUGGUUUUUUAUCAGCUUGUCCAUCGUGCUGUUCCGGGUAAAGCAUUCAACCUGCUUUUAUUUAAACUCUCUCGAUUAUACACCUUUUGCUGUUGUGUUUGUGGAAUCGCAGUGAAACAAAUCCCUCGUUUUACCUGCCAGUAACAGCAGUAUCUGUUCUGUAACUGGAAAUGAUGAUGUUAAGUGGAAUGAGGAGUGUACCUGUGUAUCUGUACAUGAUCAUGGCAAGAGUAUAGCACUUUACUCUUUAUUGCUUUAUUUAAUGUACAGCAUCUCUGAUUCAUAAUGCGUUGUAUGAUCUGCAGUAUGUGCCCACUAUCUUUGUGCCCUUGUACUAAAAGACUGGUUCAAUCUGAAAAAUCUGAUUAUGCCAUCUUUUGUCACUUCUCUUAACCUUGCAAAUGUAUUCUCAUCUGCAGUAUUAACAACAUUAUAGUUUUUUCCUUGUUUUUCUCCAAUUUUGGUGUUUCUGUUCUGAGCUGAGACGUCCAUAAACAUAUUUUACACUUUGUCAUUUAGAACUUGUCAGACUUGUUUGCUACCAUGAGUCCUGCAUUCCAACACCAACGACACGCUUAAAAUAGCAUAUAAAAUAUGUGAUCAUUACAAAGUACACAAAAGGCUUUCACUGGCACUUCUGAACAUUUGUGCACAAAUUAUACUUUGUUUUGACUUUUAUGAAGGAAAUCAGUGUGGUCUGUGUUAGCGAUGUUCCUCUUUCUGUGCCCGUGCUGUUCCUGCAUGAAGUUGUAACUGUCCAAAAUAUGUUAAUUUGUAACGUCUGACUCAUACCAUCUCUUUGUAUCUGGAUGGGACUUUCUGAGAAUAAAUUAUUUCUUCCUGUA